AGACGAAAUACAUCAAUCAAGGGUUAUGGAAUAUUUUCUCGACGGAUAAAAAAUUGAUAGAUUGGUUACGUUUUCAGUAGGAUCAAACAGCUGUGAAGGAAGACAAUUUAUCUAAAUACGGUGGACUUUGAUCACACAUUCCAAAAGUCAGCAAAGAAGAGAACAAAAAUAAAAAAUCACAUUUUGUUUAAAUUUCGAAAUUACUAAGAGUAUCAUAUCGAAAUGAACAAUGAAACACUCCUCAGUCAGUCGGUACAAAACUUUCAGUUUCUUUCUGUUUGUCACUACAUAACGAGUUUUGGUAUAUUUUUCAACAAUCAGGAUUUAAUUCCCCUGGAAUAUCAAAAUCAUUCUGUCUCUGUUCUAAACACUCUUUUUGAUUAUCUUUACAAUUCGACGAAUGAAGCUUCAACAAAACUUGAACUUCUUCAGAAAGUGUUAGCAGGAAGUGAUCUGUACGGUGGGGGAGAAAAUGAAACACUUGACAUGAUAUACGUGGAUGAUACAUUCCAGUACAUCAUUAGUAAUGCUCUAUUUUCCCAUUAUGGAAACAUUCACGGUUAUUUGGCAGGGGUAAUAAAUCGAGCGGACAACGUAAAAUAUUCGGUACUAAAGAAGAACGUGUUCCAAGAUUUUUUGAAAAAUUAUAGAAGUUUAGAUUACUGCUCAUCUAGAAGAGAAAGUAUUGAACUCACGUCGACAACAGUUCGCAAUGUUUUUAAUAAUUAUAUUUGGUCCAUCUUUCCCGAACCACCGGAAGAUAUGGAUAUAUUGGAUGUUAAUUACAUAUACGCAAUAAUUGGUUUAAAAAUCGCCGAAUCUAUCCAAGCUGCUGGUAAUCUAUCUUUCGACAAUUAUAUUCUCCUAUCCCAAGCUAUUGAACUUCAAACCAUGGAUAACGAAUCAUAUCAAUUGACAUUAGAAUUAUUUAAGGCACCCGCUUUAUUUUACUACGCCCAUAUUGAGAGGACAAUAUUUCGUCAUGCUGAAGUAUCAACUUUGAUAAAGAGUAAAAAAUUUUGGUACGAGGCGUACAAUAUAUUAUUUCGUUACAUUAAUCUUCUGGUGAGUAGUAGUUUAAGAGUAGAAAUAAAGAGAAGUCUUUAUUCGAAAUUACAAAUUCAACUUCAACAUUUAAUGAGUCAAACCUUUAUUGCUGCUGAAAUACUGAGAAUCUUCUGUCAUUACUCGAGUAUAGCAGCAGUUUCAGAAAUUUAUGUAUCUUUAUACAAAUUUUCCCGUUGGAUAUUAAAAAUAUUUUUACCAAAAGAAUGCAGCGUUGAUAGUCUUCCAGAUUUGGAAGAAUUGUACGAUCAACAGUUUGAUGAGGUACGAAAAACAUUUAAUGAGAUUGAACAAAAUUCUCUAAAGCAGGUAUUGGUGGAUGGUGAUAUAAUAAAGAGGAUGAAUUUAAAUUCGACUGUUAUAAAUGCUAAGGUACCACACUAUGAUAUGUAUUGUAUGUACUGCCCUCCGAUGCCUAGAAAAACGAAUAGUGACAUUUAUUUAAUAUUCGCAAUAAUUGAAAAUAAGAAAACUGACUUUUAUGCUCUACGACAGGAAAAUAACACUUUGACUUUACUUAGAAGUGACGGAAAUAAACGCGAAUUUUCUAAAGCAGUCGCUAAUGAUUCUUCCCUAGAAAUGGAGAUUCCAGUAAUUUCGGAAAUUUAUAAACGAAAUGGUGAAGAUUAUAAGAUAUUUGUUCAAAAGAUUGCUGAUAUUAAGACCGAACAGUUUAUACAGGGUCUCAAAAAACAUUACAGAGAUCCUACAGACAUGGAGUUAGUAAUAGAUUUUCUGAAAUCAUUAGUGCCAUUUUAUACCUGUAUUCAAAAUAUAAAAUCUGGAAAUCAAGGAGCAGCAGCGAUAAGUUGCACCUUCGAUGUUCUUAGUCUCUUUCCAUUCGCUGGAGUUGGAGCAAAAUAUUUCUCCGUUAUGUGGAGUAGUAUGAUUGCUAAAAUAGGACCCCAAGCUUUAUCCAGUAUAUCAAAAUCAGUAUUCACCAAAUUGAUCAUGUCAACUGGUUUAAAUCAAAUUUUUACAACCCUAACAAAAGAAAUGUUAACCAAGCAACUUCUAAAAGACAUCACAGUCGCCUCGCUAAGAACAUUGGAUCCUGGUUUUGAACUGUCAUACAAUUUUUUUAAAUUUUCUAGUCAAAUAGUGGGAAACAUGAUCCGGACAUUAUCGUCAAGAUUGAAAGGCAUGGCGAGAAUAAAGAAACUUCUCCAAUCUAUUGAACCAGUAACUAACGUUCUUGCCAGGAAUGCAAGAAUGCUAAAAGACUCUUUUGUGGUUAUCAAUCAGGAAAAUAAUUAUAACGUCGUUAGAUACCUCUAUCAUGGGGGUUCGAAUUAUUAUGGACCUAAGUGCGUAGCAUCGUUUGGAAAAGUUGCCGAAAUGAGAACUAUCGAAGGGAAUGAAUUUCAAGUUCCCGUUGUGCCUGUAAAAUCCACCGAUAAUUCUGUCCACUAUCAAGAAUACUUUACAGAAACAGGUAUAAUUUCUAAAGAGAAAUUAGAAAUUGGUAGGGACGACAUACUUCGUAGAAUUAAAGAUACCAUCGAAAUGAUUGCAGUGGAAGGAGGAGAUAUAAGAUUCAUACGUAAUUAUCACGUCUAUCAUAAUACAAUUGAGUGGCAGAAGACCCCUGAAGGGACCCAAACCCGGAUUAGCAAUAAUCCAACUCUUGAAAGAAUCACCCCUGUGGAAGUUGACUUAAAUACUCCAGGAACUUCAAGAAUUCAAGUACGCACUGAUGACAUAUCUAGCCCAUCAAAAAAGGCUCGAAUUCAACAAUCGACCAGCAGGAGUUUCAUCCACCAAGAAGAUAUGAAACAAACAGUAAAUUUGUUGACAAAAUUUAAAGAGAAUGGUUUAACCAACUUAUUAGAAAAUAAAGAAUUGUUAUCCCUGCGAAAAGUUGUUCACUCCAUGGAUUUUUAUCAAACCAUCAAUACUGUAUUUAAGCCACCACAAGAUUUAUGGUUUACUAAAAAAUUAACAAGACAAUCUAUUGUUGCUAAUCUAAAGGAUCAAAAAGGAAAAGACUUUUACUUUAAUGAUAUCACCAUAAUUACGGACACUAAACCAAUUGAAAUUAUACUUAAGAAAAAUCCUAGAUUUACAUUAGAAACCGAAGUUCGUUAUCGUAUAAAGUUUGAUUCUCAAUACGGACUUCUUGAUCUGUCUGCAUUUCAUAGUAGUUUCAAAAAUCAAUAUAUUGUAUCACCGGAAGUCGAUUUUUUUGUCACAGACACAAAGUUUUAUAAUGGAAAAGAAAUUUUGGUUUUGGAAAUGCAACAGAAAGCGAUGACAAAGAAAAGAUGGUUAGAAAUAAAGGAACGGAAUCAUAUUCUAUUUGAGAAGAAGGUAUCAAUACCUAAUAAAAGAAAAGAAAUGAUUGAGAGUGCUGCAAUGUUUGUGGCAGAAAAUACACCCCUACACAGAUUGUCUGAAAUGGAGCAAGCUUUCAAAAAUUGUAUUCUAAAUAUCAAUGGUGAGAAUAAUUUAGUUCCUACCUAUGAUAAAGUUGCAAGGGAAAUCUACGCGAGUAAUUCACUUCCAGAGCAGUAUAUGAUAUUUAAAAUAGAUAAUAGCAAUUUGGUUGAUGAUGUUCUAUUUGAAAAAUCGCUCGUCCAGAUGAAUGAUAUUGAUAAUGCCCUGAAUACAAUUUUUACCAUUUAUAAUGGUAUUUUUAAACAGAAAGUUGAACCGGUUUUCGAAAUUUAUCACAAUUCACCUAACAUUAGGGAACUUUUGCGAUUUGAGGAUUUUUAUGUGAUCUAUUCGUUUACUUCCAGUACUUUAUUAUUAGAUGCACUAUCACCAAGUAGAUUAGCUAUUGCAUUACGUAGACUUGCCUUACGACAGUGUAGUGAGCCAUUACUCUCUUCUCCAAUUACGAUUUAUGCCAUUUCAACAGUUACUUUAGAGAGAUUUCAAGAAUUAAUAAGAUUAAAAACUGGUAGUUUCAUGCGUUUUAAAAACAUGGUUAGAUUUUUAUCGAAAAAAGAAAAUUUGGUUAAUACUAUUGAGCUCAGUGAACCUUCAGAGAUUAUAGUAAUGUAUCAGUUGACAGUAUCAAAUAAGGCUGGAAUAGCUGAUUUAAGUUCUAUUCUAAGUGAAAAAAAUGGACGUAUGUAUAUAUUGGAAGAAAUGAAGUUUGUAAUUAUUGAAAGAAAUAAGGAGAUAAUUGAUGGAAGGGAUGUCUUUGUAAUAAAAAUUGAAGACGAUAAAUUAUCAUCAGAAACACGAAUGAUCCGUACAGUAAACAGAAUUAAUAAAAUAUUUCUACAUGGUUCUAAACUUCAAGUUAGUAAUAUUAACAGUCGCCGAUAAUAACAUGUAUUUUAUUUUGUCAUAUUCUGAUUAACAUGAAAAAUUCCAUCAGAUAAAGUUCGCUACCAGGAUAUUUGAAAAACAGUCUCUACAUAUACAGUGUGUCAAUAUCAAGUAAAAAUAAAUUCCAGUAGUUGUAGUAGUAGCAGAAUAUUCCUCCAUUGUGUGGAGUUGUUUCAUUGCUAAAAUAGGAUUCCAAACUUUAGGGAGUCUUUCAAAAUCUACACUCUAUAGAUUAACGAUAGCUACCGAUUUGAAUCUAAUACAGAAAAUGGUGUUUAAAACCCUAACAAAAAAAAUUCUGAACAAACAGCUUCUGAUAGAUAUCAGUAUCGCCUCCAUACGAACAUUGGAUCCUGGUUUUGAACUAUCAUUUUAAUUUUAAGAUUCUCGAAUCAAGUAUUUAGAAAAAUUUAUCGGAUGUUGUCCUCAAAGUUUUGAUGUAUUACGAAUGUUCAAAACCUCCUUCCUCCUGUUGAAUCUGCAAUGAGGAUGAUAAAUCUAAUUACGGAAUUGUUACCUGAUGAAACUGGACUGAUUCCAGCGGUUAUUCAACGUCAUAAUAAUUAUAACGGCUUUAGAUGUUGUCCAGACCACUUCGGAUAUCCAUUAGAUAUCUAUAAGAUAUCCAAAUUUCCGCAAGGUGUGAUAAUUAAAAUUUAUUUUAUUGACAUCCGAGGCAUAUUUCAUUGGUAUUUCAGGGAUAUGUUAUAAAUAUUACAGAGAUAUCUUAUGGAUAUCACAGGGUAUAACUUAGGAAUAUCAUAUAAAAAUCCCAAAGAUAAUUUAUGAAUAUUUACAAAGGAACAUUAUGAUCGCCAUAAUAAACUGCAGAAUAUUAAUUUUAACGAGCAACAAUUCGUGCGGCUUACUGGUUGCUUUAUUUUUUAAUUAAAAUUCACAAUUUUAUAAAAAGAAUAGAAUUUAAAAAUCUUUAAUUUAAAUUAUUUUUCAUAAAAAUAAAAUAUGAAUUGGAAUAUAGUUUUAAUACUAUUAUAACUAUAGUAACCAUAUAUUCUAGGAUAGGGAAUUCAGGGAAAAGUCAGGGAUUUUGUUGGAAAGUACUAGAAAAAUUAAAUUUUUGGAAUUCAUGAGAAAAUUGUGAAUUUUACUAUCUUUUUUCUUUGACACAUAAGCAGUGAAAUUACAGCGAAUUCUAACA